CGGCUCCCAGUCGGUGCGAACUGUCAGCCUUUAGCAACUGUUAGGCCUUUCGUCUUCUAUACAGUCUGUGCGAGGAGUUUAGGUCACCGGACCAUAGUCUGGCUUCUGCUGCCCGAAUCUAUAUUUUUUAUUCAUCCCUAUCAACGGAAGAAAAUGUUCAUCAAGGAAUUUCGGGUGGUGAUGCCAGUAACAGUAGAAGAGUACCAAGUUGGCCAACUCUUCGCUGUGGCAGAAGAGUCAAAGAACAACACAGGUGGAGGAGAAGGAAUUGAAGUGCUAAAGAAUGAACCAUUUGAUGGGAAACCUCUUCUGGGUGGCAGGUUCAGCAAAGGGCAGUACACCUACAAGAUUUACCAUUUAGCAAGCAAAGUGCCAGCUUUCAUCAGAAUGCUUGCUCCUAAAGGAGCAUUAGAAAUUCACGAAGAAGCUUGGAACGCAUAUCCAUAUUGUAGGACAGUAAUUUCAAAUCCUGGCUAUAUGAAAGAAAAUUUUUAUAUCGUCAUUGAAACAAUGCACUAUGCCGAUAAAGGCAUAUCAGAGAACAUCCACGAGUUGCCGCCUGAAAAAUUGAAAGUCCGUGAAGUAGUUAUGAUCGAUAUUGCAAACGAUCUCAUACAGUCCACUGAUUAUAAGCCUCUUGAAGAUCCUACCAAAUUCAAAUCGCAAAAGACUGGAAGAGGACCUCUAGUCGGCAAAUGGCAGGACACAGUUGAUCCGGUUAUGACCUGUUACAAGCUAGUCACUGCCGAAUUUAAAUGGUUCGGUCUUCAGACAAGAGUCGAAAGUUUCAUCAUGAAAGCAGAAAGACGACUCUUCACCAAUUUCCAUCGGCAAGUCUUUUGUUGGCUUGACCGAUGGCAUGGAAUGACCAUGGCAGAUAUUAGGCGCUUGGAAGACGAAACAAGGGAAGAACUAGAUAGGCAACGCAAUCAAGGAACAGUGCGUGGAAUGAAAGCUGAUUCGGAUUGAUCCUUCCGCUCUCUGCCUCCGAAUAGUGCACACGGCGAGCGG